AUGUCGCCAGAUCCAGAGAAACCCAAAAAGGGCCCACGGAAGCACGUUACCACCGCCUGUGUGCCAUGCCGGGAGAGUAAAAUUCGGUGUGAUGGCUCGACCCCCGUUUGUCAGAAUUGUCAGCGAAAGGCUAAGGAAUGUAAAUACCAACAUGGAGACGACAAACGAAAAGUUUCGCUGCGGGCUGCAACAGAGCUCUUCUCGGCGAGGGUUGAUCAGUUGACGCAGUUCAUAUAUGAUCAGGGGCUUCAGCCUCCGCCGAUGCAGGCCGAAGAUGAAGUCGCCCUCAACCGGGUUCUUGAGACCCUUGAAAUCCCACGAGCUAACAUCAAAAGCAACUGUUCUUCAAGGAAAGGGGGCCAUGGAAGCAACGCGGCAAAGCCGUCCAUGGCUUCAGAUACGCAUCCCAUGCAUAGUUCGCCCGCUACUACGACCCCUGGCAGCCAGCCCGAGGACCAGUUCCGGCAUUUGUCGCCCGGUUCGGGCGCUGCAGGUACCGCAUCCCCCAAAGAGGAUGUCUCUCAACAGCGUCUGCCAUCAAUGGUGCCAUGGAGUCCGUUCGGGAUAGUUCAGGGGGCGCCUGAGAGCCAAAGCUUCGUACAUUGGGGAUUUACAUUGCCAACUGCUGAAAGUUUGGACACGAUCUAUGCCAAUAUCAAUCAGGCCGGGCUUCGGAGUCAGACAGGAUUGAGCUUGGAAAAUUAUCAAGCACCCAUGCAGCAACAACCGCAAGCAACCGCCCUUCCAACGUCGCAUGAUCGGGAUCACGAGUCCGACAGUGAUGAGGAAAAUGAGGCCGAGAACGACGUGAUUGAACAGCUUUCACAUCGCAUUGGAACCCUCAAGCUUGCCGGAGACGGACAUUUGCGAUUCUACGGCGCGACUUCAAACCUGAAUCUUGUCGAUGUCUCGGCAACACAACAGCGCCAGCGGCCGGAUGCCCGGACAGUGCGCCACGAUGGCCAAGACAUCUUGAAUCACCUUCGAGUUGGGCAGCCUGUUGAUCAGGCAUUGGAGGACCAUUUGAUCGAGCUUUUUUUCACGUGGCAUAACCCGAGCAUCUACGUGGUAGACAAAGAGAUGUAUAUGACCGCGAGACACAGGUGGCGAAACGAGUAUGAGGACACGCCCUUUUACUCGGAGGUACUCACCAACGCAAUGUGUGCCAUUGGCAGCGCUUUUGAGGCUCGAUAUCACCCGACCUUUAUCACUUUCCCCAAGUCUCUGGCAGAGUUUUUUGCCGACAGGGCCAAGGCCUUGCUGGAAAUCGAACUUGAUUCCCCCUGUGUGGCUACCGUGCAGGCUCUAGUUCUUAUGAGUUCUCAUGAGGGAGCCUCCAAUCGCGAUGCUCGUGGCUGGCUGUACAGCGGAAUGUCGAUGCGACUGACCUUUGACCUCGGUCUGCAUCUUGACAUGACCUCGUAUGUCAAUCAAGGCGACAUGAGUUCCCAUGAGGCUGAUGUCCGACGAGCUGCCUUCUGGGGUAGUUAUAUCGCCGACCAUUUCUGGGGAUUCUACCUUGGUCGACCGUUUCGCAUGAAUGCGGGAGAUGUGAGCGUUCCCAAGCCCGCGUCGGGCCUUGAUGCAGAAAGGGAUAGCACCUGGCGUCCCUAUGGACUGCAAGCGAGCUCUGAUAUCGCAGCACAAGGGCUGCGGAAUCCGGCUGAGCUGAUCAACCGACAAUUCGUUAUUCUCUGGGAGAUGGUGUCUCCAGUGGGUCACAUAUUAUACGGAUGUUCCGACAUCUCGAGGCACGACCUUCAAAGGAUCACCUUCCAGGUCACAGAGGACCUUUUCGCCUGGAAAGCUAACCUCCCUUACAUGCUGCAAGUUGACUUGGACGACGACUCAACGCCCAAGCUGCCCCACUUGCUCAUGUUGCACAUGCAGUACCACCAAAUUAUCAUCUUCUUUCAUCGCCCAUGGGUUUCGAAGAACUACAUUCAACCGCGAAGCCCACGUCAAGGACCAGGGUACCAUCAUGCCCGGCGCAUGUGCAUUGAGUCCGCCACGGCCGUCGCCCGCCUGCUGCACAUUUAUGAAAAACACUAUACAUUCCGUCGCAUGAACAACCAAGUCGUUGCGAUCAUCUUUAGCGCGGCCCUCAUGCUCCUCUUCGUGACCGUAUCUUCGUCUUCGAUAACGCCGUCCAAGUCUGGUGAAUCCCGCACUGCCCAUCCCGGUAACGCAGAGAUGAUCGCUUAUCUGAACCUUUGCUUUCGUGCGCUUGAUGAGCUGGGUCAAUCGUUCGAAAAUGCAAAGCGCACUCGCGACUAUCUUGUCACCCUGCAGCGACGCUGGCAAGCACACAUGCGCCGCACCGGUUCUGCUGCCAAAAGACAGAUCAGCAGUCCAAACCUACCGUCCUUGACCGUAAAGCCAGCGUCCUUGCACGGUGCUUCAAGCCACGAUGCUGCAAGGAAACGGACGCGACUUGUUGAUCAUUCUUUGCAUCAAUCAAGAGCUCACGGCCCGUCGGUUUCCUUGGCUGGCCGGGAAUCCUUCCCAGCUGGCCCUCAAUAUUCAGUUGACCCACAUCAAGCCUUUCAGCAGACUUCUUAUCCUUUGACCCAGGGGCGGCAGGUGAAUGAGCAGCUCGACUGGAUUCAGCAUUCAGAUAUGAACGUCAUGUCUAGUGUCUCCGACAAUCGGACUCCGCCUCAAGCGGUGGAUUCUCUAUCACAGGCUCAGUUCCAUGAAUAUUCCAGCAUGCUGCCAGACCUGGGAGACAUUGAAGGCUGGUGGAGUCCACCGCAUGAGACGCCCGGAAUAUGA